AUGUCGGCAACAGUUGAACAAACAAAUUCAAAAACUGGAACGGAGGGUGCUGAACAAAGUACACCUGAAUGUCCGAUUCCACCAUUGGUUUCUGUUACACACGAUGCACGAGAAAUAUGGGAAUCUUAUAGAAAUGUUAUUGAAGCUAAGGCACAGAAAUAUUAUCCAAUGCCAGCUACAUUUCAAAUGGUUCCUUUAAGAAUGUCUAUUAUGGAUAUUGAAGGAGUUAAAACAUAUUUUUUCAAAGCUCGUAUUCCAAAUAAUAAAUUUGUUAAUGUACGUAUUAGAUUAUCUGGUAAAGCUGAAUCUCGAGAUAACCAAGUGCUUGUUGAAUCACGCGCUACUGUAUUUUGCUCAGCAGAACCUUAUAGUCAACAAGAUCUAUAUGGUCCAGCACUUGAUCAAGUUCAACAAUAA